AUGUGUGCAAACGCCAUUAACAACGGCCUCGGAACCAAUAGAGGAAAAAUCAACAAAAGUAGCAAAAGUAGCAAGAGCAAUCAGAAUACGCAUAAUAUACAAAAUGAGGACAAUACACAGAACGGCCUCAAUGGCCAUAAUAAUCCGAGCUACAAAAAUUUUGGAGAAAAUGAAAACACGGAUACAGGUUAUAGAGUAACACAUCGUGUAGAGGAUAAUAACAGCAGCAUAGACAAUGACGAGCCGAAUACACUAAUACAGGUUCUACACAGCUAUGAAGAUUUUCAGAAGAAAAAUAUGAACUAUGGGAAAGUAAACCCAUAUAGGAAAAGAGAAUCUCAAUUAAUGAAAAUGAGGAAAUCGCUAGUGAAAUUAUUCACAAUGAGCAAUAUAAAUUUAGACGAAAAUAACAAUGGUAAAAGUGUAAAUAGCAAUAACAGUAGUAAUAAUAAUAAAAAAUCCCAGGGCACAAAUUUUUUAACCAGUAGAGCGGCUAUGUGGAAUGAAGUUGAAAAACAUGAUAACCCUGAUUAUGACCUGAAGCUAGAAAGUUCAAAAAAUAAAUCCUACAUAGAUGCUAUUACAAAUAAUUUAAGCAUACUAAUAAAUGAUACAUUAAAUGAUAAAAGAGGUAUGACUUACAUAGCAACAGUUAUGAUAAUUUUAUCUGUUUUAAUUACAUUCAUUUCUGGAUUUAUCACUCUAUUUAAUAACACAAGUGAAAAAAAUAAUUUUAAUUUAAAUACAUCCAAAAAUAAUUAUGAUGAUAUAAACCAAUUUAUGAAUUACAUAAAAAUGGGAAAUGAAGAUAGUAACAGAAACGAUUUAUCACGACUUCAUGAAUUGCUAGAAGAUUUCAAAAUAAGGAUGAAUGAAAAUGUGAAUAAAUAUUUAAUAAAUAAAAAAGAAAAUAAUGCAUUAUAUGAAUUAAAUACAAAUCUUGAAAAUAAAUUAAAAGAGUUAGAAAAAAAAUUACUUGUUAAUACGAAAGACAUAGAUUAUUUUAAAAUGAAUUCAAAAAAAGAAGUCGAAAAUAUUAAAAAAUUAUUACAAGAAAAUUAUGAAUCAUUUCAAAGUAAACUAAAGGAUUAUCUCAAAACUACUGAUGCAAUUAAAAAGGAUAUUCAUAAAAAAAAUUCUAUUAUAAAUGAUAUCGAAAAAAAAAUGAAUAAAAACCAAAUUGAUAUAAAAAAGGACAUGUCUGCCAGGGUGGAAAAUGAAAAAAGAAACCUUCUAAAUACCAUAAAUGAGUUGCAACAAAAAAUCCAUUUUAUGGAAUCUAAACUGAACUUUCGCGACACACCUCCCCUUCAUUCAUUGCUUGAUUUCUCAAAAGAGAGUUCAAAUAAAAACGGGAUAGACGACGGAGCAUCUACUUCAGAUGCUAAAAUCAAUGGAAAAAAUGAAGGGUCGACAAAAAAAAAAAAUGAUGAACAAACAGGGAACGUAAAUAUAACCAAACAAAAAGACGCCAUGUGGAAUGCGGAACAUAGCAGUAUCAUACAAGAUAUAAAAAAUGAAUUAGAAAUACUGAAGAAAAGUACCAAAAAAUCAACAGAUAUUAUUUUGGAUGAUGUAUUUCCAUUACUUGAAGAUAAAAUAUUAAAAAAUGUAGAAAAUAAAACAAAAUAUUAUCUAGAAAUGUAUAAAAAGGAUAUCAUAAAUGAAAUUACUGAAUCGAAAGUGAUAUAUAAUGAAGAGAAAUAUAAAAACAUUGCAUUAAAACAAGAAAAAAUACAAUCUGAAUUGCUAAAAACUAUUAAUAGUCAAGUAAAGACACAAACGAAAAUUAUGAAAGAUGAUUUAAAUAAGUAUUUACAUACUCUUGUAGAACAGAAACAAAUCAAAAAUGAUAACAUGGAUGCUGUCAAAACAGUGAAAGGUAAUUAUGACUCUUUAGAAAUAUUACAAAAAAAAGUUGACGAAUUAUACAACGAAUUUAUAUUAGAUUACAACGAAAUUGAUUGGGCUUUAGAAUCUCUAGGUGCAAGAAUUGUUUACAAAAUGACAAGUUCUCCUCUAAAUCGAAAUGAUUUUAUUGAGAAAUUUUUAAAUCAAAUUGCUUCUUUCCUACCAUCAGAAGAAAUAUAUGGAAUGAUUAAACCAAUGGGGAAAGAUCCUUCUAUUAUUUUAAAGCCUUCAAAUUUUCCAGGAGAUUGUUUUUCUUUCAAUGGAAAUAAAGGAAAAAUAACAAUUCAUCUACCAGCAACUAUUGACGUUUCAUCCAUUUCAAUUCAACAUGUCCAUGAGAAUAUUAGUAAUAAUUCCAAUGCAACACCUAAAUAUUUUUCUGUUUAUGGUGUAGUAGAUUUAAAUUGGCCUGAAAAUUUCGAAUCACAAGAUAUUAACUUUGACGACUUUAAAAAUAGUGCUUUAUACUCCUGCUUGCACUCUGUAUAUGGAAAUUUACAAUCAAGAGAUAUUCUCGAAAAAUGGUUGAAAAAUAACAAAAACCCUAACCUUAUACACCUUGGAGAUUUUUACUUCGAUCGCAAGAAACGCAUAUCUACCUACCCAACUAGGCACUGUUUCCCAGUGAAGCGCAUAAUUUUUGAAUUCACAGAAAAUUAUGGUGCCCCAUACACAUGUGUCUACAGACUGAAGGUACAUGGCAAAAAAUGCACACGUAAAUACAAGUAG